CUCCUGGUUGGCGGAUCGCUGCCGCUCGGCGCUCGAUUGCUCACGCCUUCCCAGCCAGGCCGCCUGAGUCGCUCCGCGGAAGCGCAAAGAUGAAUCUGGCGGAGGGUCGGGCACCGCGAAAGACGGCGGGGAACCGCAUGUCCGGCCUGCUGAAGGCGGAAGAGGAAGAUGAUUUCUACAAGACCACGUACGGGGGGUUCAACGAGGAAUCGGGGGAUGAGGAAUACAAUGAAGAUCGCUCAGAGAGUGAGGAUGAAGUUGACUCCGAUUUCGAUAUUGACGAAGGGGACGAACCAACAAGCGACCAUGAGGAGGACGAACCCAAGAAGAAGCGCAGAGUAGUGACCAAGGCAUAUAAGGAGCCAAUUCAACUCCUUAAACCAAAGCCCAAGAAAGCAGAUGCCCCUCCCAGCAGUGCAGCAAAAAGCCGCCCAGAAAAGCCUCACCCUCAGGAGACACCAGAGGACGCAGUAGACAGCCGCAAACAAAUGCGCCAAUCGACGACGGAGCACACGCGGCAGACUUUCCUGCGAGUAAAAGAGCGGCAGAUCCAGUCCAAGAAAAAGAAGGGGCCCCACCAGGACCGACCGCUGACCCAGGUGGAGCUGCUGGAAGAAGCCAAGAUCACCGAGGAGAUCAACAUCCGCUCCCUAGAGAAUUACGAGCGCCUGGAAGCCGACAGGAAGAAGCAGGUCCACAAGAAGCGACGGUGCGUCGGCCCCACCAUCCGCCACCACUCGCUGGUCAUGCCCCUCAUCACCGAGCUCAACGUGAAGGAGGAGAAUGUGGAUGUGGAAGGGCUGGAUCAGGAGCAGACAGGGGACGGCGCCCAAGUUUCGUCCGCGGGCAAAUGCUCCCGCACUUUCAUAACAUUCAGCGACGACGAAUCCUUCGAGCGAUUCUUCCCCAGGACCAAGCAGGGCAAGUUCUCAGUCCGGGACAUCUGCCCCGUUACCCAUAAGCCGGCCCAGUACCGAGACCCCAUCACAGACAUCCCCUACUAUAACGCCAAAGCCUUCAAAAUCAUCCGGGACGCUUACAAAAAAUACAUCACCACGCACGGCCUGCCUAACGCCGCCAUGGCGGCCGCUAUGGGCCCCGCCCCCAGUUCUGCUGACGCCGCCCAACGCAACACGAGGCAGAAAAUCAUUAUCAAGCAGAGCGUGCCAAGCGCCUGAUACAGCGCCCUCUAGCGUCUGCCGGCCAUUACAGCACUCUGAGAGAGUUAUGUACAAAGGAUUAUUCCCAUUGGGAAGCUGUAGAACAUCUACAGGGGCCACAUUGCUCCUCUGAUUCCUGGAGUAGAAGAAAUGGGAGGGGCCAGGGGGUUGAAUUUCUUAAUGAGCCCCCUCACAUUUGGGGGGGGGGGGGCUGCUCCCCUUAGCAGUAAUGUAAUUGGCCGCCAUUCAGUUCAAAUUACCAAAUGGUAAACCCCGCCCACCCCAAACACACACAGGGGACUGGGACACCUGCUUCCAAUAGCAGCUAAACAAACAGUAUGGGGGGUGGGGCAAAGGCACAGAUGCAGUUACCAGGGUGGCUUUAACCUGACUGACGUACUGUAUGUUAUAUAGGGCUGAGCUCUCUCUAUAGGCUACUAUCUGGUUGCUAGGGCUUGAUUACCCUAGCAACCACACACCAGGUCCGAUAACACACUAUAAAAAUUGAAGUCAGUUUGCAUUUUGGUUUCCAGAGAUGUUUUGUUGGUUAAAUGCUCCUAGAGCACUGGGGGGGGGGGGGGGGGACUGUCUGUUAUGUACAUUAUAAUAAAUUUGAUUAGUAAUUUCUGUGAA